AUGCCAAAUCAACCAUCCUCUGGAUCGGAGAACUACGACAUCGAACCAGGUCCUAUUGAUCAAUUCGAUAGGAAACUCAAGUUUAACAAUCAACAAAGCUUGGAGAUUGAUACUACUUCUUAUCAAUCACAAAUAUAUGGCUUGGAUAUACAGAGAAUAGGAUGGGAAGUUACGAUUAAACGUUCGCGAUCACACUAUCGACUUGAAAGAAUAAAAGGUUAUGAUAAACAUGGCACGGAGAAGAAUGCCGAUGAGAGCAAGCCUGUUGGAGAUUUAUGUGAUAUUGAACACAAACUUCAUUUUCCAAGAGAAGAAAAAUCUUGUUUUUAUUCGUUCCGAUCCAACUCUCGACAAACACAUUGCUCGUUUACACACUUUCAACUUCGACAUUUAUUAGCAACAACAUCUCCAACGGAUGUAUUUUACAUGAAUGAUUACAGUGUUUAUCAUUGGAACACAAUUGCAAAAACAACAGAGCAAUCGAACGGCAAAACAUCCAUUGAAAGGAAACUUUUAGAUCUUCAUAAAGGACAUGGUAUUAUCAAAGAUUUAACGUACAUGGGAAAUGAUCAAAUUCCUGGUAUUCUCAUUUCCACACUCAAUGCUUCAUUUCCAUACUUGGCUGUUGGAGGAUUUAAAGGCGAAAUUGUGAUCGCUAGCUUGGAAAACGAAGGAGAAAUAAUUUAUAAUGGAAGAAUAUCUUCUGCUAGCAAUUCUAUAACUAAUUAUAUGGACAUUCGAGGGAACACUCUUCUAGUUUCUAGCAAUGAUGGAGUUGUUCGAAAAUUUGAUUUACCUACUAUGGAUCUCCUUUCAGCUGUAUCCUUUGAAUACUGUAUUAACAAUGCUGCCAUGCAAUCACAUAAUGGAAAGUUGAUGGCAGUUAUUGGUGACACCUAUGACGUUGUGGUGUGUGACCAAGAAGGCACCAAGGCUUCGAUGAUGAAGCUAAAAGGACAUAUGGAUUAUUCAUUUGCUCUUUCUUGGAAUCCUGUGAAUGAGUAUCAAUUUGCAACUGGAAGUCAAGAUCGACUGCUAUGUGUAUGGGAUAUACGAAGGCCUUCAUCUCCAGUGUAUAGCAUUCCUGCAAUUAUUGGAGCAGUAAGAUCUGUAAGAUAUUCAGAAGACGGUCAAUUUCUUGCCUCUGCAGAACCUGCUGAUUUUGUGCAUAUCUACAAUGUAAAUAGUAAUUUUGAUAAGGAACAAUUAUUAGAUUUCUACGGUGAAAUUGUGGGCCUUGACUUUUCCAAGAAAGAUGGCGGAAAAUCUCUCUACGUGGGCAUCUUUGAUCGUCAAUUCAAGUCACUGAUGGAAUUUUCAAGAUUUUCAACAGAUUCAACGGUUGAUGAUAUUUUCAUUUAG